AAUAGAAGAAGAAAGAAGCGAAGAGAGGAAUAAAAAAGGAAAGGAGAUAAAAAAAAAAAAAAAAAAUCCCAAUCAUAAUUAUCAGAGCUUAAAUUAGCUUUCAAGAAAUCAGCUUCCAUUCCCCGAAUUCUUUCCUCUCUUCCUUCGUUCCUUACUUCCUUCUCUUGCCGUGCCUGCUCUCUCUCUUUCUUUCUUUCUUCUUCUUCUCUCUUUCUCUCGCUAUGGAAACAGCUGUUGCUUCUUCCUCCUAUUCCUCUUCUUCCCUUCUUUCAAUCCACUCUAUGGAUAUCCUCACCCACCAUCGAUCCAGGCCCUCUAUUCAUCUCCAAAAUUCAAACUUUUCUGCAAAAUUUAGGCCAUCUGUCGACACCUACGGACCCCGCUACCUCCUCUCUACUGACCCAGUUCGCCCUUUCCCUUCUUUCGCCCUUUCCCGGCGGAACUGGCCGCGGUCGAAUCCGAUUCCCACUUAUAGAGCCCGUCGGAGACAGCCCAUUUCAGCUGUCUUCGAACGGUUCACCGAGCGGGCCAUCAAGGCCGUGAUGUUCUCCCAGAGAGAAGCCUUGGCUCUUGGGAAAGACAUGGUCUUUACACAGCACCUGCUCUUGGGCCUGAUCGCUGAGGACCGGUCGCCCAAUGGGUACCUUGGGUCCGGAGUCACGAUCGAGCGAGCUCGCGAUGCAGUUCGGAGUAUUUGGAAGGAUGACGAGGCGAGCACCAAUGGGAAUUCCAGUGGGACCCGCACUGCCACUGAUAUUCCAUUCUCGAUCAACAGCAAGCGUGUGUUUGAGGCCGCAGUUGAGUAUUCAAGGACUAUGGGGUAUAAUUUCAUCGCUCCAGAGCACAUUUCAAUCGGGCUAUUUACCGUUGAUGAUGGGAGCGCUGGACGGGUCCUUGAGAGACUGGGAGUGAAUAUAGAUGACUUGGCAUCUGCUGCAGUCUCUAGGCUUCAAGGGGAGCUUGCUAAGGAUGGUAGAGAACCAUCUGUUGCAUCUAAUAAGAUGCGUGAAAAAUCCUCUGCUGGAAAGGCAGCUGUUGUGAAGUCUUCCGAUAAAUCGAAAGAUAAAAGUCUAUUAGCUCAGUUUUGUGUGGAUCUUACGGCUCGAGCUAGUGAAGGACAUAUUGAUCCUGUAAUUGGUCGAGACAUUGAAGUACAAAGAAUUAUCCAGAUCCUUUGCCGACGAACCAAAAACAACCCUAUUCUCUUGGGUGAACCGGGCGUGGGAAAAACAGCUAUUGCAGAAGGACUGGCCAUUAGUAUUGCAAAUGGAGAUGUUCCCGUAUUCCUUUCGGAGAAGCGGAUAAUGUCCUUGGAUAUUGGUUUAUUGAUGGCAGGUGCAAAGGAGAGGGGAGAGUUAGAAGCAAGGGUUACUGGCUUAAUUAGCGAAGUAAAAAAAGCAGGCAAUGUUAUUCUUUUCAUUGAUGAAGUUCAUACACUUAUUGGGUCUGGCACGGUUGGAAGAGGAAGCAAAGGAUCAGGUCUUGACAUUGCGAACUUGAUAAAGCCAGCACUUGGAAGGGGAGAGCUACAGUGCAUCGCAUCUACAACAACAGAUGAACACAGGAUGCAUUUUGAAAAGGAUAAAGCAUUAGCUCGACGAUUCCAGCCUGUGUUGAUAAACGAGCCUAGCCAGGAGGAUGCAGUAAGGAUACUGUUGGGGCUACGUGAGAAGUAUGAAGCUCAUCAUAGGUGUAGAUUCACUUUGGAAGCUUUAAAUGCAGCUGUAUACCUCUCAGCAAGAUACAUUGCUGAUAGAUAUCUUCCUGAUAAAGCCAUCGAUCUCAUUGAUGAGGCUGGUAGUAGAGCCCGUAUGGAGGCAUUCAAGAAGAGGAGAGAGCAACGGACAUUUAUACUUUCAAAGUCACCAAAUGAAUAUUGGCAAGAAAUUAGAGCUGUUCAGGCAAUGCAUGAAGUGGUGCUGGCAAAUAAAAUGAAGUACUCCUUGAAUGAAGGUAGUACAGAUGGUGAUGGUGAUGCUAGCAUAGAGGGUGACACCAAAGUCAUCUCAGAGCCUGCGUUCCCUUCUUCACUAGAGGAUGAUGAACCUGUUAUGGUAGGACCAGAUGAAAUAGCAGCUGUUGCUUCAUUAUGGUCAGGAAUCCCAAUUCAGCAGCUCAAUGCAGAUGAAAGGAUGCUUCUGGUUGGUCUCGAUGAGCAGCUUAGGAAACGUGUGAUUGGCCAAGAUGAUGCCGUCAAUGCCAUCUCUCGAGCUGUGAAAAGAUCCCGCAUUGGGCUGAAGGACCCUGACAGACCCAUCGCAGCAAUGCUAUUCUGUGGCCCAACUGGAGUUGGGAAGACUGAACUCACAAAAGCUUUGGCAGCAUCAUACUUCGGAUCAGAGGCAGCGAUGAUACGAUUGGAUAUGAGUGAAUAUAUGGAGCGGCAUACUGUAAGCAAGCUAAUAGGAUCCCCCCCAGGUUAUGUAGGCUAUGGAGAGGGCGGCACUCUUACUGAAGCCGUCAGGAGAAGACCUUUCACAGUAAUAUUGCUUGAUGAAAUCGAGAAAGCUCAUCCAGAUAUAUUUAACAUUCUCCUCCAAGUUUUUGAAGAUGGACACCUCACAGAUUCUCAGGGACGGAGGGUGUCGUUUAAAAACACAUUGAUUGUCAUGACAUCCAACGUGGGCUCUACUGCUAUUGCCAAGGGAAGGCGUAGCUCCAUUGGUUUCUUAAUUGAAGAUGAUAGCAAGGCAAGUUCAUACAAUGGGAUGAAAGCCCUGGUAAUGGAAGAGUUAAAGGCUUAUUUCCGGCCAGAGCUACUCAACAGGAUAGAUGAGGUUGUUGUAUUCCGUCCCCUUGAGAAGACACAGAUGCUUGAGAUUCUUAGUAUAAUGCUGGGGGAGGUAAAGGCCAGGCUUAUGUCCCUUGGGAUCGGUCUAGAGGUGUCCAAAGCAAUCAUGGACCUUGUUUGCCAACAGGGCUAUGACCGGAGCUAUGGGGCCCGCCCUCUAAGAAGGGCAGUUACCCACUAUAUCGAAGACGUCAUAAGCGAGGCACUGCUUUCGGGAGACUACAAACCUGGCGACACCGCUGUAAUCGAUGUGGAUGCGUCUGGAAAUCCAUUUGUCACUCAUCCAUCGGAUCAUAGUAUCCACUUGUCUGAUGCGACAUCAACAUUGUAACUUGUAAGUAAGAUUAAUUUAUUAUUUGUAGCCCUAAUUUUAUUCAUAUAUGCCCAAUAGGGUUGGCUUUUUUUUUGUAUAGCGUUAAAGUGAUAGAAACUGUAUAUACAUUCAUAAAACAAAGCUAGUCCUUAUUCUUUGGACCA